CGGUCGCCAACCGACCUUAUGCGGGGGCGGAUUUAAAGAGCGAGCGCCCUUUCCUGCCCCUAUGAGCCGGGGUGUUGCCCGCCCAAUGAGGGGCUAGCCUCGGCCUAGUGUCCCUCGACACCCACCUUCCAGCCUUGGCCUGAGUCACGCCAACACCUGUUCCCCUGGAAGGCACCAUUCAUGGGGAGGCCUGGGACUCCUGGGUUCUAUCCCAGCGCGGGGGCCUAGUGGUUACAGCUGGAGGGGGAUGAGUUGGGAGCGUGGACUCCUAGGUUCUAUCCCAGUGUGGGGAGGCCUAGUGAUUAGAGUGGGAGGGGGAUGGGCCGGGAGCCCACACCCCUGGGUUCUAUCCCAGUGGGGUGAAUGGGGUCUAGCGGUUAGAGCAGGAGGGGUCUGGGCCGGGAGCCCACACCCCUGGGUUCUAUCACAGCGGGGUGAAUGGGAUCUAGGGAUUAGAGCGGGAGGGGGGUGGGCUGGGAGCCUGGACUGCUGGGUUCCAUUCCAGUUCUGGGAGAGGAGACCAGCAGGUUAGAGUGGAGAUUCUAUCCCAGUCUGCCUUGCCUCCCUUUCUCCAUCUGUAAAUUGGGGGUCGUGCCACCUGACCUCUGAGAAGCGCUUUGAGUUCUUCUGUGAACAGCGCACUGUUAAUGCAGCAUAUUAGAGUUUCAUUCUGUGCUGGGGAUCUAAGUCAUGUUUCAGUGAUAGCAGAUCCUUUUUCUGCCAGAGUCCUCAAUGCUGGCCUGAAGAGCUAUGUGCUUCCCCAGGAUUAUACCAACAUCUCCAUCCCUGACAGACCCAAAUUGAAGUUCAUGGACAAAGUUCCAAGUGUACCUAAAGUGAGGCGGGAAUUCAAAAACCUACGUGACAUCCGUGGCCCAUCCACUGAGGCCACUGAGUUCACCCAAGGACAGUAUGGCAUUUUGGCAUUGGGUGGUGGUUACCUUCAUUGGGGUCACUUUGAAAUGAUGCGCCUAACCAUCAAUCGUCACCUGGAUCCCAAGAUAAUGUUUGCUGUAUGGCGCAUUCCAGCCCCUUACAAGCCCAUCACCCGCAAGAGCCUAGGCCAGCGCAUGGGUGGGGGCAAAGGUGCCAUCAACCACUAUGUGACAGCAGUGAAAUGUGGCCGCCUCAUUUUGGAAGUGGGUGGGCACUGUGAGUUCGGGGAGGUGGAGCACUUCCUCACACAGGUGGCCAAGAAGCUGCCGUUCCCAGCCAAGGCAGUCAGCUGCCAGUCCCUGGAGGAGAUGCGCCAGGCAGAAGAGGAGAGAAGACACAAAAAUCAGAACCCAUGGACAUUUGAGCGUAUCAUCACCUCCAACAUGCUGGGGAUCCGCAAGGUGCUGAGUCCCUACGAUCUGACGCAGAAGGGGCGCUACUGGGGCAAGUUCUUUCUGAAAGACAGAGUGUGAUGACAGGAGGGAAAAAUCUCAGGGCUGAGUGCCUGGAAGGAACCUUGAUCCUUCUUCCUCAGCAGGUGUGAAGUCCCUCCUGAGUGCAUCCCAUCUUGUUGUGGUAGGCUCUCAGAGGGUGGGCAUUGCUGUGGAGAUCUGCCCCUCAGCUCCAGAGGUGGCUGAGUUGUAUGCAGUAAACAGGGAGGUGUGAGGGACGGGUUAGGGUAACCAAUGAUCAUUUUGGAUUAAUAAAGUUUUCCUACUGUGGCAUGG